AUGAGCUCCUCCACCGUCCUCGAAGAUGAACUCGACGAGAAAAAUCUGUCGGCCUCGAGGCCAGAGAUGAUCCGGGUCGAGUCCAACCUGGACAAGGCCAUUGACGCAGAGGCAAACAUCAACAUCACGCCCGCCUCAGAUAAUGGAGGUCCUCGAGAGCAAGGCCGUGACGACCCGGGCCCUCCUCCAAAUGGCGGCUUGGCUGCAUGGAUGCAAGUUGUCGGUUCCUUCUUCCUCUUCUUCAAUUCCUGGGGAACUGUCAAUGCCUUUGGCGUCUUCCAAACAUACUACGAGACCAACCCGCUCUGGCACGCAUCACCAAGCGACAUCUCGUGGAUCGGGUCCAUCCAAGCCUUCCUGCUGCUGCUCGUCGGGCUUGUCUCGGGCCCCCUGUAUGAUUCCGGGUACUUUCGAGAGCUGAUCAUGAUCGGGGCGGUCCUGGUCCCGCUGGGGUUCAUGAUGACCUCGCUGGCCAAGGAGUAUUGGCAGACGAUGCUUGCGCAGGCCUUCUGCAUCGGGGUCGGCAACGGGUGCGUCUUUGUGCCCUCGGUCGCCAUCCUCCCGCAGUACUUCUCCACGCGCAAGGCCCUGGCCAACGGACUGGCCGCGUCCGGCUCGAGCCUGGGCGGUCUGAUCUACCCGAUCGUGUUCCGGCAGCUGCAGCAGCAGGUGGGGUUCGGGUGGGCGACGCGCACCAUGGGCUUCAUCUCGUUGGUGACGGUGUGGUUCUCGGUGCUGGUGAUGAAGCCGCGCGUGCUGCCCAAGGCGCGACGACCGCUCACGGACCUGGCCGCGUUCAAGGAGCUGCCCUACACCCUCUUCUGCGUCGCCAUGUUCUUCGGCUUUGUCGGAUUGUACGGGCCCUUGUACUACAUCGGCCCGUACGCCAUCUCGAAGAACAUCACGGGCGAGAACCUGGCCUUUUACCUGCUGCCCAUCAUCAACGCGGCCAGCAUUCCCGGGCGGAUCAUCCCCAACACCCUCGCCGACCGCAUCGGGCCCUUGAACGUGCUGGUCCCCUGCGCCACCAUCGCCGCCGUGCUGGCCCUCGUGUGGAUCGGCAUCAAGUCCCUUGGCGGUUUGCUGGCUUUCGCGUUGGUGUAUGGUUUCUUCAGUGGUGGCUUCGUCUCGCUGCCCCCGGUCGCUAUCGUCACCUUAACCCGCGACAUGUCCAAGAUCGGCACCCGUAUGGGCCAAUGCUUCUUCAUCUCCGCCUUUGGUUUAUUGGUUGGCACCCCGGUCUCCGGCGCGAUCCUCAAGAGCACAGGCCAGUGGUGGGGCGUGCAGCUCUGGAGCGGCGCCGCCAUUCUUGUUACUGGCUCCCUGCUGCUCUGGGCUCGCGUGGUCGUUGCCGGCUGGCGCCCUAUGAGACGUGCAUGA